AUGUUCCUGAUGUCUUCGCCGGAACUGGUAUCAGUUGAUCUUGAUAUCCUUAGACAAGUGCUUGUGAAGGACUUUGACUGCUUCACAGAUCGAACUCACGGCCUCGCCCGCAAUGUUACUCCGCUUCAGAAUCUUCUGAACGUCGAUCCUUCUGAUGAAACUUCACUAUUGGCUACUUCGCUGGUCUCCCUGAAAGGACUGAAUUGGUCCAGAGUUCGCAAGCAAGUGGUCCCUGCAUUCUCCACAGGAAAAAUAAAAUCGGUACGGCUUAACAUCUUUAGUAAUGUAUCGACCGCUGCAGAGUAG